GUCUGGCCUUCUGAGGCAGGAAACAGGCCGGCACUCCGCCAGAGAAAGUGGCAUGACAUGUACCUGAAGAUUGUAAAAUGUCCAGUGCAGUUGAGGGGACAAAUGUCUUUGUUUGGAGAGACACAGACAUGUAGUUGUGGAUUCCAUACAACAAAGACUUCCAUGUCAGUAUCUUCUUCAAUGACACCAGGUCCCUCAUCUGCAUCACUUGUUGCAUCAUCUGCCACAACACCUGGGCAGACAGCAACACCUGGGCAGACAGCAACACCUGGGCAGACAGCGACACCUGGGCAGACAGCAACAACUGGGCAGACAGCAACACCUGGGCAGACAGCAACACCUGGGCAGACAGCAACACCUGGGCAGACAGCAACAACUGGGCAGACAGCAACACCUGGACGACUCACACCCCGCAAGCCAACUUUGACUAUGGCAUCAUUUAUAAAGCCGCGGUUCGGUGGGUCUCAGGGUGCCGCUUUAACGCCAAACUUAAAUUUGGGCAGGAAGCCUGCAACCAAGCCCAUCAGUUGCACUUCCGAUUCUUCUGCCAUGUCCAGCACUAUCACAAGUGCCAUGACAAGGAUGACACCAUCGCCUGCUCGCAGUCCCAGGAAGUACAUUCAGACUGUCUCGACUCUGUCUCUUCCUCCCUCUCCUGUGUCCACAACCACCUCCUCGAUACCAUCAGUAGCUGCUAGAGCUGAAGUGUCAGCUGCCGCCUCCUCCUCUGGUACCUCCUCUGCUCCUCUUGCCCCUGUGACCUCUGCAUCUGCCACUGCCACCUCUUUUUUUGUCACCUCUGCUUCUCCAUCUGUGGUUGGUCGCUCAGCUCACCCUACUGCUGACAUGGAGAUUGCUCCUGGUUCAGAGCCCGGCUGGCUGCCUGCAAAGCUGAUGGGGACCAUACCACCUCAGGAUCAGAAGUGGAUUUCAUCUGCUCUGUGCAAGAACAAGCGGCUGCGCACUGACCUGAAGCUGUGGCUGUCCUGUUCUGUGUGUGGAAAACAGCUCACAGGUUAUGGAGCCCACAAGCGAGCCCGCCAUGUUUUGGAUGUGGAUAGGUACUACCUGAUGAUCACGGAGACUCUCUGGUGCAGUUCAGCUGGUUGUAAAACUAGUUACAUUUCCACCAGCAAGACCAUCUUGGACCAGCUGGAUUUGGCACACAGAAUGGAGUUCCGACUGAUCCUGACACGAAGAUAUGCCUGUGACAUACGGGUGAUUCGUUUUCUGAGGGAGAGGACCUUGGGUAAUAGCCCCAGUCGCUUGGUCAGGCAGCUGAGGGAAAAUCACAGCGAGGAGUGGCUUAAGCGUGUUUGUCGCUACCUUGGAGCAUGCUCAGACUUCGCUGUCCAGCCAAGCCUGCACCCUGUCAAGUUCCAGGACCCUCCUAAGCCAGUGGCUGUUCCUUCCCACCGGUGGAUGCUGGCUGUUUAUGGCCGAGACAUCUUAAGCAGAAUGGAUCAAAUAAAAGCCAGCAUAACAUCCACCUUUGGCAAUAUAUUAAAAAUGGAUUCCACAAAAAAGAUCACCAAGAAGCUAUCAGGCUUUACCAAGGGGACCGCCUUGUGGCUUACAUCUGUGAGCAAUGAGCUGGGCCAAAUCCUCGUCAGUGUCCUGACUGCUCAGGAGGGUCCUGCUCUUGACACCAUGGCUGCCGAUCUCAUCUGCAGGUACAGCAAUGCUGGUGUGGCUCCUCCUCAGCUUCUCUAUGUUGACUGUGAAUGUUGUCGGGAGGGCACAGGACAGACAAAACUAAAACAAAGAUUUGGUGGGUGGCCAGACCUGGUUGUAAAGCUUGACAUAUACCACUUCAUGCGGCGACUGGCAUCUGGGUGUACAAAGGAUGCGCAUCCUCUUUACCCCAUCUUUAUGUCCAGACUGUCAAGCUGCAUUUUUGAGUGGGACAGUAGAGAUGUUGCCUUGCUGUGUCAAGCUAAGAGGAACAAUUGA